UGGCUGAUUACAUGACAUGAUUAAAUCGGUUCUGUAACACGUUCUUAUCACGAAUUUCGCUCAUGAGCUGGGCGCCAAAGCGCAAUCGCAUUGCAAUCGCCUUGCCACACCUGCAGUGCAGCUGCCCGCCUGGGCGUGGCUCUAGGGCAGCCAAAAGGACCAACAAGCCAUCGAAUCACUCAAAGAACUAUUCUUAUCAGUUGGCUGUAUGUAUCUCUCGCUAUAUAGAAGCUAUAUAGUAGUCAAAGCUGCACGGCAAACAGAUAAAGAUAAGAUCAACAAGCGAGCUAUUGACAGAGCUGAUUGGCUUGCAGUUUGCACAGAGCGAGGCCAGAGGCGCCAGCGAGACGAGAUUCGACAUGCCGUCCCAGGAGCAGAAGGUCUAUGGGGAUACGACGCAGCCGCUGCCGCGACGCGCCGCAGGAGACGGCGUCUACUACAACAGGAAGGACAAGAGUGAUCUGGGCGAGAAUUUCGUGGCGCCCGAUGGCGGCUGGGCGUGGCUGGUGUGCAUCGCCGCCGGCAUAUCGAAUAUGUCGCUGUAUCCGUGCCUGCAGCAGUUCGGGCUGCUGUUCGGCCAACGCCUCCGGGUGCUGGGCCUGAGCAGCUCCCAGGUGACGACCAUAGUCAACACGCAGCCGGCUGUCGCUGCCUGCUCGGGCCUGCUCAACGGGCCCAUGUUCCGGCGCUUCACCUUCCGGCAGGUGGCCAUGGCGGGUGCGUUGCUCUCCUUCACCGGCAUCGCGCUGAGCGGCUUCUGCGAGACGUUUGCCGGCUACAUAGUCGCCUAUUCGGUGCUUUACGGCUUUGGCAUGAGCAUCAACGUGUCGGCCUCCUCGCUGGCGAUCAACACGUACUUCCAGCAGAAGCGGCGACGCGCCGCCGGCUUCUCGUGGACAAUCACCGGACUGGGGCCGAUCUUCUUUCCAUAUCUGGUCACGUUCCUGCUGGGCAUCUACGAUGUCCAGGGCACGGCGCUGAUCUUUGCCGCCCUGGCGCUGCACAGCUUUGUCGGCGCGCUGAUCUUUCAGCCGGUGCGCUAUCACCUGCGCCCGAAUGCUGCGACUGAGGCCAAGGAUGAGGCUGAUGCGGCACUCAAGCAGCCGGAGCAGCAGCCGGAGAUACUGUGCGCCCAUUGUACGCUGCAGCGCAAGCGCGAGCCGGGCGGCAUCUUCUCCAGCCAGUAUCUGUACCAGGACGACGAUGCUCAGCGACCCGGCUACGAGAUCAUUGAGCCGGGCACGCCCAUGUUGUCGCGGGCGAACGACGGCUGGUAUGGGUCCAAGAUGUCGCUCACCUCUGGACGCAUGCGCUUCCGCACGGUGUCCAGCUCGAAGGACUUGGAGCAUACGCAACGCCUGCACAGUCCUGUCAGCAAGGAGCAGCAGCAGGACGACGACUUCCUGCGGCCGAAUUACUUUCGGCGAGAGCGCGAGGAGUCCAUGCUGGAGUCGAGUCGCUGCAGCUGUGCGGAGCAGCGGGCGAUCGCUGCUGCUCGCCAAAUGGAGCAGCAAGCGGAGCACAAUAACAACCACAGCGGCGACACGGAGCUGCCGCAGCCAUCCCAGAUGAGCUUCGUGCAGAAGAUCGUGACCUUCUUCGACCUGGACCUGCUGCGCGACAUAACGUUUGUGAAUCUGGUCUUCGGCCUGACGGUCAUCAACUUCGGGGAGCUGAACUUCGCGAUUCUGACGCCGCUCAUAUUGACGGACUUCGGAUUCGAGACGCCACAGAUCACGGUGGCCAUGUCCCUGAUGGCCGGCAUGGACAUGACGGUGCGCUUCCUGGUGCCGUUCGUCACCGAGAAGAUACCCUGGGAUAACCGCGUCUUCUUUCUAAUUGGCGUCAUGGGCAUCGCCAUCGGACGCACCGCCGUGGCCUGCACGCCGUCCUACAUGGGCAUUCUGGCCAGCUUCACCUGGAUUGGCCUGUGCAAGGGCGUGCGCACCAUCUUCUGGCCACUGAUCAUACCCGGCUACGUGCCCCUGAAUCGUCUGCCAGGCGCAUCUGGCCUACAGCUGCUCAUCACGGGAUUGUUCACGCUCAUCUUUGGUCCCUUUGUGGGUCUAGUGCGCGAUCGCUUCAACUAUUCGGUGGCGCUGCACUGCCUCAAUGCGCUGUCCUUUUUGGCUGCUGCUUUGUGGGUCCUGGAGGCGCUGCUGCGACGGCACAGGCGCAAGCUGGCCAGUUGAUUAAUAACAAUAUGUUAAAUAUAUAAAUUAUGAUUUUUUAGCACUAAGCUCUUAUGUAAACUAUGCACAAAUAUGUACAUAUUAUACUAGCUGAUGGUAGCAAGAGAUUACCUAUAAGAUAA